AUGACCACGGAGGAAGACCAUGAGAUAGCUCCCUUGGCGAUGGAGACUUCCCCAUCGAGAGAGAAACGAGACAACAUGGACGGCUUCUCUGAGCUCCAGAAGAAACCCUUGGAGACCAGAGGCCCCCCCCACCACAUCUUCCCCACCUUCCACACUCCCAUCCCCAUCGACAUGCGGCACCACGAGGGUCGGUACCACUACGAGCCCCACGCGCUGCACGCCAUGCACGGCCCCGGUUUGUCCGGCAGCCCCGUCAUCUCCGAUAUCUCCCUGAUCCGCCUCUCACCGGGCGCCGUGGCGACGGGUGACUCCCCCUUCAGCCCUCCUCACCCGUACGUCCACCCCCACAUGGAGCACUACCUCCGCUCCGUGCACGGCAGCCCGACCCUCUCCAUGAUCUCAGCGGCCAGAGGCCUCAGCCCCGCCGACCUGGCCCACGAGCAUUUAAAAGAGCGAGGGCUCUUCGGCCUCCCUCCUCCUCCUCCCGGGGCGAGUCCGGCUGAGUAUUACCACCUGAUGGCGAGCCACCGGAGCCCCUACGGCGAGCUGCUCAUGCAGGGGGGCGGGGCCACCGGCGGGGCCCACCUGUCUGACUACAUCACCCCCAUCGACGUGUCCCGGUUCUCCGGCCCCAGACUGGCGCCCCGUCUGAACAGGAAGCGUGCUCUGUCCGUGUCUCCGCUGUCGGACGCCAGCAUCGACCUGCAGACGAUGAUCCGGACGUCGCCCAGCUCGCUGGUCGCCUACAUCAACAGCUCGCGCUCCGGCUCCGCCGCCAGCAGCUCCUACGGACACCUGUCGGUGGGGGGGCUCAGCCCUUCCUUCCCCUUCCCUCACCCCCUCAACCCGAUGGCGUACCAGCAGCUUCUCUCCCAGCAGCGAGGGCUCAGCGCCUUCGGCCACGCUCCGCCUCUCCUCCAGACUCCGCCCACUUUCUCCGCUCGCCAGUCGGGCCUCGGCCUCUGCUCGCUGUCGGCCUCCGUCCACAACGGUGACCUGCAGUCAAAGAACCACGGAGGAGACUCGGCAGUCAGCAGCACCGUCGACCCCACGAUCACCAAGAGGUCAAAGGUCAAGACGGAGGCAGAGGGACUGAGGUCGCUGUCCCCUUGUUCACCGAACCAUCACGGCAGCCUUCUGGACCUGAAGGAGGACGGGGACCGGGACGAGUGUAAGCAGGAGCCCGAGGCCGUCUACGAGACCAACUGCCACUGGGUCGGCUGCAGCAACGAGUACGACACGCAGGAGCAGCUGGUGCACCACAUCAAUAAUGACCACAUCCACGGAGAGAAGAAGGAGUUCGUGUGCCGCUGGGAGGACUGUUCUCGGGAGCAGAAGCCCUUCAAAGCUCAGUACAUGCUGGUGGUUCACAUGCGGCGGCACACGGGGGAGAAACCACACAAGUGCACGUUCGAGGGCUGCUCUAAGGCCUACUCCCGUCUGGAGAACCUGAAAACUCAUCUGCGCUCUCACACCGGAGAGAAACCGUACGUCUGCGAGCACGAGGGCUGCAACAAAGCCUUCUCCAACGCCUCGGACCGGGCCAAGCACCAGAACCGGACCCACUCCAACGAGAAACCCUACGUAUGUAAGAUCCCCGGUUGUACGAAGCGCUACACGGACCCCAGCUCCCUCAGGAAGCACGUGAAGACGGUCCACGGCCCCGAGGCCCACGUCACCAAGAAGCAGCGGUCCGACCUGCCGCCGAGGCCGCCGAGGGAGAACGGCGAGAACGAGGCGGGGAACCGAGACCAACUCCACAGGGAGGACAAGAUGUCGGAGAACGGCUCCCCCAGAGGCGUGGAGGACUACCUGACCGUCAAGAACAUCAAGACGGAGACCUCUGUGAUGUAUCAGUCCAGCCCUGGCGGUCAGUCAUCAUGCAGCAGCGAACCAUCACCGCUUGGCAGCGCCACCAACAAUGACAGUGGAGUAGAGAUGGCGGCGCUCAGCGGGGGAAGCCUGGGGGACCUCAGCGCCCUGGACGACCCGCCCUACAUGGAGGCCCUGGGGUGUGACGGGUACACCGGCGGGGGCGUGGCGGUGCUGGGUCUCCACUUCCGGAAGCAGUUCGAUACCAGCCGACGCCUGGAGCAUCUGAAGAAGGAGAAGCUGAAGACGGUGAGGGACUCGUGUCGGUGGGCCGGACACCCGACGGCCCCGGUCCUCGGCACCAAGCUCCCACCCAUACCGGCAAACGGGUCCCUCCUGGAGAGUAUGGGUGGUGGUCCGGUGUCCUUCCCUGGUUCCGGCUUUGGUGAUCUGAGCUCCGGUAAAACGACUCUGCUGGAAUCUCUUUCCGAACGCCGCGACAGCACCUCCAGCACCCUGAGCUCAGUUUACACCCUCAGCCGCCGCUCCUCAGGCAUCUCCCCUUGCUACUCUAGUCGGCGUUCCAGCCAGGCCUCGCAGUUCGGCGCCAACCGCCCCAGCAACCUCAGCUCCACCGACUCCUACGACCCCAUCUCCGCCGACAUGUCCCGGCGCUCCAGUCAGUCCAGCCAGUGCGGCGGAGGAACUGGAGGAUACGGCGGAGGAGGCUUCCCCAGCCCUCUCAGCCUGACCCCAGCACAGCACUACCGCCUCAAGGCCAAGUACGCCGCCGCCACUGGGGGUGCACCGCCUACGCCUCUACCAUACAUGGACAGAAUGUGUUUGAAGACCCACGAAGCACUGUGCAGGGACUCCCAGAAGUCCUCCUCCUACACCACGAGGAGCAUGAUGCCCCAUGAGGUCCCGUCUAACAUCACCCGCCGAGCAAGUGACCCCGUAAAAUCCUCGGCCAUGGAUUAUUCCAGCCAGCCACAAAUGCAGCGCUACAACAGCAUGGGGACACUGCGUGGAGGGGCGGUCAUGCAUCCCCAUUUAUCCCAGCAAGGCCACAUGAGACCGGAUCCGAGCCUCCACCGCUACCCUUACAUCCAGCGACCGCCCAGCAUUUCGGAGAACGUCUCGUUGGGGAUGAUAACGGGUGACAUCCCUGAAGAAGACUUGAUGCUGCCUGACAACAGAGACACAACCAACAGAGUGUCAACCAAUCAACAAGAUCUCCAUCAUGAGUCGUACCAUCAGAGAAAGAUGGCCGCUGUGAAUCUGCACAAUCCGGUAGUGAGUCCGGGGCAUCAACCACCACCGAGGGACAGUAAAGCCAACUUACCAGCUCAGUGGAACGAUACCAGCCAGCACUACUCCAAACUCCAGGUCCGAGGGAACCUGGAGUUUGGAUCCUUUCCUAACAAUCCUAGCUCCAACCAGCAGACGGUUGGAACCCUGAACACAACGCAGCAGAAUACCGAAUCAGGAGCAAACUACUACCGCCAUCAGAGAUUCCAGCAGUCGUCAAAUCUCAACGAAGCACUUGGCUCUCACUGCAGGUUCAACAACGGCAUCAGUCCCUACGAUAAGAGCGAUAACGCCACCUACCCUCCGUGUAGCAACACAACAGCAGCUAACGGUAGCAUGCUAAGCCCCACAUGCAAACAGGAGACGGUUGACAUGGAGACUGUGGACAUACCCUUUGCUCGAUUUCAGCCCAUGCAAGUUAAAAUUGAAGACUGUGACGAGUCGAUCAUGAUUUCAGAUCAGCAGACUUGCAACCAGAAUCCCUUGCAAGAGGGGAAUCGGAGCCACUUCCGGCCGACGCCUCCGACAGAACCGAAAUCUCUGAACAGGCACCUUUCAGGGACAAAAGUGAUGCAGCAAACCAGACACUUCAGUAACGCUAACCUGGAUGUUGCCUCCCAAUUACCCAGUAGAGUUUUCUCUGACGACAACGCCUUGUACUACACAGGACGGAUACAAGUAUUUCAGCCCAACAGGAACUUGGACCACCAUGUUUCUCUCGUGGUGGAUGUACCUCCUUUUGAAAACAGCGAGCCGUCCGGGGCUUUAGACGUUAACGCGACUCUGGAGCAGGAGCAGAUAGACUUUGACAGCAUGCUGGACGACGGGGAUCACUCCAGCCUGGUGUCGGGGACCCUGAGUCCAGGUCUGCUCCAGAGCUUCUCCCGGAGCUCCUCCCGCCUGACAACGCCCAGGAACUCUGUGACGCUGCCCUCGGCGCCGGCGGGGACGGGCAACAUGGCCAUCGGGGACAUGAGCUCGCUGCUUACCGCUCUGGCGGAAGAGAGCAAGUUCCUGAACUCGAUGUCGUAGCAAACGGUUUUAUGGACUCCUGAUGCACAAUGGACAAACUCAAAAUUGUAUUAUUUGGUCCCAAAAAGCCUCGGCAAUGUGUGACGCUUGUUUUCAUGUACAGUCUCAUUUGUUAAUUAUUUAAAAAUGGCAUUUUUCUAUCUUUUUGAAAAGCCAUAAUUCUUGUUUUUUGUUGCAUUAGGCAGUAAACGUGACAGGUCUGCAGUCAGAUCAGUUUACUAAGUGCCUGGCUCAGCCAAAACGACAUUUAAAAAGUGUAAAUGCAACCAGGUGAAUUCUGAUACCUGCGUGUUUGGAAUGUAGCGUCACCACCGACUUGUUCUACACUGUAAAUGACUCGAGCUGAACUUUGUUCUUCAUCACAACGUUUCAAGUUUACAGUCACCGUCCUCAGUGAGCCGUUCUUUGAUUGCUGCUUUGCUGCUGAGAUUAACUGUGACAUCCCAGUGUCGGCCGUCAGAGACUUCAUUAUGAACCCAUUAAUCCAAAUGUACAUUGAUGUACCCGUUUGU